AUGGUUUUCAGACUAGACCCAUGUGGUGUUGCGUGCAUUCUGAUAACACAGGCACUUGUCGUUUACUCCGACUAUGUUGUUGUCUUCCAUCUAGUACUUCCUGUCCUCAAACAUAGCUUCUGGGCUAUAAUAAAUACAAUCUGUUUUAAUAUCGUGGCUUCUCUCUUAUUAUUCUCCCAUAUGUGUGCUGUUCUAACCGACCCAGGUGUAAUGCCCUUAUAUCAGUAUUCUAUAGAAUACUUAAGCACCCUCCAGAAACCUGAAGGAUGGACUACAUGCAAUAAAUGUGGCAUACAUCGUCCACCACGAGCUCAUCAUUGUCGUAUUUGUCGACGUUGUGUAAGACGAAUGGAUCAUCAUUGUCCAUGGAUCAAUAAUUGUGUUGGUGAAUGUAAUCAAAAGUACUUUAUACAAUUUUUAAUUUAUGUCGGUAUUCUUUGUAUAUAUGCUUUAAUAUUGGUUCUUAUAUGUCGCGCCAUGAUUUCUGCUAGUCUAAAAGAAAAUGUUGGCAGUUCAGAUGUUGUAGUCGUAGCUCAUACAUUUGUUCUUGUUGCCAUAUGCUGCCUUUUUGGAUUGUUUAUCUUAGCUAUUCUAUCCGAUCAGUACAAAUCUAUAGUUGAGGAUACAACAGCUGUUGAAGCUUGGCAGUUACGUGCUCUUUCGCAUUCAUCAGAUACUGAAGCCUGUGCUGCUGGUGGAUUUCGACGAAAACUAUCCAAGCUGACACUGUUUCGUGAAGUAUUUGGAAAUGGUCCAUUAUAUUCUUGGUUAAUCCCCUGCUCGUAUAUAUUCAAACCGUAUCCAAAACAAUAUACCACUGUAUCAAGUAUUAUACACAAUGUAAAUUGUUCUGAUUCUGUUGUCAAUUCAUCAAAUGAUAAUGAAAAGAAGAUGAAGAAUAGAUCAAACUAUACUACUGCUGAUGGUGAUGAUGAUGACAACGGCUCACCACAAACUCAUUUAAUCAAUAAUAACAAUAACAAUACUCAUCAGUAUCAUCAAUAUCCUACAAAUGUCUACAAUGAGCAACAUUCAUUUGCCACAAUUGAAACUGACAGUUCUUCAGCGAGUUAUUGAUUUAUUUUCUUCUUUAUUUUUUUGGUUUGCUGUUAUUAUGAUGACAACAUCCGGUUUGUGAAUGAUGGUGUGUAUAGAAGAAGAGAUGUAUGUGUGUGAGAUGAGUGUUGGUGAUAGUCGGCAAUCUGUCGUCAGCGUCUUCUUUGAAUCAAAUCUAUCAUCUAUCUAUCUGUAUCUGUGUAUGGUGUGAAGUUCCCUUGCCAAUUUGCAUGUAUAGAGCUACAUAUAGACACGCGAAAUGUUCUUAUUAUGCUGUGAGCGUCAUUCACUCGUAUUCUCCUUUUUUUCUC